GAGGAGGCCGCAGGGGGCGGGGCGUGUGCGCGGACAAACGGAAGUGCAGGUGACGGUUGAGACUUCGCCGCCAAGCUGGGAACCGGGGAGAUGGCCGAGACUGACCCCAAGACCAUGCAGGACCUCACCUCGGUGGUGGAGACGCUCCUACAACAGAUGCAAGAUAAAUUUCAGACCAUGUCCGACCAGAUCAUUGGCAGAAUUGAUGACAUGAGCAGUCGCAUUGACGACCUGGAGAAAAACAUUGCAGACCUCAUGACACAGGCUGGCGUGGAAGAACUGGAAGGCGAAAGCAAGAUCCCAGCCACGCCAAAGAGUUGAAGGUUGCUAAUUCACCCUGAGACCCGGAACACCGUUUUUACAAGCGAAGAGAAGACCGAAUGGCUUUCUGAAGCAACUACUAUGCGUAGACAGGUUUUCUGUUAGAAAGUGUGCGUUCUUACCACAUACUACAUAGUUAGUUCAUAGAGUGAUUUCCCCCCCGUUUCUUGAACAUGGUAACGUCACAUCUUGGACCUUGGUCAGUCGUGCUGUUAAAUAUUAAACACUAAAACUUUGGCGGUUCCUGCAUAAAAUUGUCAAGUUUUUUAGCGUAUAUUUGUGAACUGAUCGUUUUCUAUCAUUCCUUUUGUAGUAGUUGCUGUUUGAUGAAAGUUGCUGUGUAAAUUUUUAUUAGAUAUAUGGUAGGUCCUUCAGUUCCAAUCAGAUUUUGUGAAGGGAGACGUGUGGCAAGUUGACGACUCUCUGAUUCUCAGCGCAGAGUGACUGUUGAGCCGACACCAAAUAGCACGUCGGUGAUACUUUCCAAGUGGUUCAGAACGUUUAAAAAUUGUUCGUUCAGAAAUCUCUGGCGCUGCCCUGUUGCCAAAAUUCAGAGUUGAACCGCAGUUUGCUGUCUUAAGGCUCUGAGGUUCGGACGCCAGAGUAAUGAGGAAUGGCCACUCCCGCUUCUGUGUGCUAGAAUUCUCAAAUCUGGAAAAUGACAGAACUGCCUCAUGUAGUGAGGCGUUCAUUAGUUAGAGUUUUGCAUGAGAUUUGAACACUCGAGUAGGCCCCUGUGCUGUUCGUCUGCGAUAGUCCUCGUUGAAAAUCUGGCAGGAUUUCACGACCCAGCUCGCCGUCUUGUCUUGGAGCUACUGACCAGAGAAGGAACAGAACCGGAGAGCAGAUCAUGCUAAGUUCGUGCCAUAGCCCGGCUACAAAAUGGUAAAUGACUUGUCACAGGCUCAAGUUUUUAAGAUACACUGUUUCUUUAAACGAUUUCUUACAGAGUAAUGGUUUUAUUAUUGACCUUACGAGACAGGGGUAGUAACUCCUACCAGUCAAAAAGGCAGUGCCCAGAGCGCUAAGCCUAGAGGCCGGCCCUGACCGUGCACGAGAUCCCUGUGAUUGUCACAGCAAACGUGACUCCGUCUACAAAAAAAAUGGGAAAAGUUGAGGGAUGGUCUAGUGCUUCUUAGAAACCCUGAAUGAACAGUGUGAGUUUUUUUUAAAGUUUCCUAUAUCACCAGUCGUGUUUGUAUUGCAAAUAUAUAAUAUUACUGAGAAAUAACUUGUCGUAUUUAUAAAUAACGUAGGUAACACAAAGGAGUAAGUUUCCUCUGAGCUGAGUGAAUGACCCACUGUUACUGCCCUGCCACAGAAACUCCUCUGAUGGGCUGGUAGGCCACGCCGAGCAUGGCUGAGCCGCGAGCCCCGGGGCUGCUGGCCUCCAGCUGACAGGAGCCCCGUGUGCACGAAGCUCGCGAGCCUGGUCAGUGGCGAGCGGAAGUGAUGCGGCCGAUUGCUGUCGGGACUUGGGUGGGAGUUGUCUUCCUUACGUGACAAAGAUUUCGGAGGCAGGCUCCCCUGACCAGGGGUACCCGCCAUGAAUAAAGGUGCCUGAAAUCCUGC